AUGAAAAACUCCAUUAAAACAGAUUUUGAAAGCACAAGAUCUCAGCCAGUUUUACCAGCACUAUCCCCUAAAUCUCAGCCUUCAAUAGACAACUUAGAUAAAAACCAAAAAUUAUUAAUCCACCACCGUGACAUUAAGCAUUCCCCAAGACUUUUGCCUGUUUGUCCUCUAAAACUCAAACUCCCAGAAGCCUGCUUAAACUUUCAGUUUAAAAUAGAAGGGAGCUCAAAAUCUCUAUGAGAUCCAAAUAUAGUAUUUCUACCACCUAUUAAAAGCCCAAAUAAUAUAAAAUCUGUGCCUCUCCUUGAAAAGUCAGUAAAAAAGGUGUGUUUUGCAGCCAAGAGCAUGAUAUCAAAACAACUCCAAGUAAACAGUUCCAAAAAUCUGCCACACAUUGCUUCUUUUGAGAAAGUUGCAUUAAGUCUCAGAAUUCCGAACGCUAAUCAGAGCGCACGCAUUAGUAAUGAAAUGGUGAAGAAGAAAAGACAAAUAUUUAAUAGAACCUCCGAAAAUGAGUAUUCAUUUGGAAAUUAA